AUGAUUGUCAAUGGUGAAGUUAACAAUGAUGUCAAUGAUGAAGUUAACAAUGAUGUCAAUGAUGAUGUUAACGAUGAUGUCAAUGAUGAUGUUAACAAUGAUGUCAAUGAUCAUGUUAACGAUGAUGUCAAUGAUGAUGUUAACAAUGAUGUCAAUGAUGAUGUUAACAAUGAUGUCAAUGAUGAAGUUAACAAUGAUGUCAAUGAUGAUGUUAAUAAUGAUGUCAAUGAUGAUGUUAAUAAUGAUGUCAAUGAUGAUGUUAACGAUGAUGUCAAUGAUGAUGUUAACGAUGAUGUCAAUGAUGAUGUUAACGAUGAUGUCAAUGAUGAUGUUAACAAUGAUGUCAAUGAUAAUGUUAACAAUGAUGUCAAUGAUGAUGCUAAUAAUGAUGUUAACAAUGAUGUCAAUAAUGAUGUUAACAAUGAUGUCAAUGAUGAAGUUAACAAAUGA